ACCACAUAUGGACAAUAUGUAAAAGCUUUGGUGAGAAAAUCCUUUGUUACCCAUUACAGGCCUGCUACAUAGAUUGUGUGAAAGUGCAGAUGAACUGGAUCGAACCCAGAGGAGUUCAAAGUUCCUAUCGACUGUGAUUUACCAACUGUGAAAAUGAAUACCUCUCUGUAUAAAAUUCACUGUGCACAUCUUGUCACUGGGUAAAAAAUGAACAGUACACGAUUCAUGUGCACACUGGUUACUAAAAAUUAGAGGGAAUAUUGGAGGGAAGGAGGGGAGACUUCCAGUGUCCCUGAUGCCCUCACCUACAAGAUGUGUAUUCAGCUGCAGUUUGUAACCCUGCACUUUAAGGUGUUGGAUCUUGAAAUGGGUGAAUUCCAGAUCAUCCAGCAGUAGGACGGGGUGAAAGAUAUGACAUGAAGAGAGGUGAGUUCCACCCAAGGUGCAGGACACAGGAAACUGGGUGAGAAUCGGGAAGGGGAAUGAGAUUAAAUAGCCAUCGUAGAGUACUCCAGUGCCAUGCCUGCACAAUAACAAGAGGAACACUUUAGAAACUGUUGGGGGGAGGAAAGUCAAAGGGCUGAUAAGUGGCUUUGUUAGGGGAACAGAGCAAGAGGCAAUUAAUAUCUUAGUGGUAAGGCUUACUAGAGCUAGUGGGGGUUGGGGCUGAUAUGGUUAAAGUAAGUUGUAGGGGGAAUGGGAGCCAGAAUGACAGAACAGAUAGUGGAGAUGGUGAAUUGAAUUGACUUUAUUAUGUACAUCCUUCAUAUAGAUGAGUAGAAAUAUUUACAUUACAUUACUGUCUAAAUGUGCAAUGUGUAAUUGAAAUUGAUUUAUAAUGUUUAGUUUGUAUAUAGGACAGUCAAGAAAGCAAUUAAUCAGUCUGAUGGCCUGGUGGAAGAUGAUGUCCCGGAGCCUGUUGCUGUGGUACCGUUUCCUGGAUGGUGGCAGCAAGAACAGUUUGUGGUUGUGAACUUUUUUAGGUGUAUAAGAUGAUGAGGGGUAUUGAUCGUCUGGAUAGCCAGAGGAUUUUUCCCAGGGCUGAAGUGUCUAACACGAGGGAGCAGAGUUUUCAGGUGCUUGGAAAUAGAUACCGACGGGAUGUUGGGGUUAAAAAUGACAAGGAAUUUGUCUACGGGAAUCCCGAACACAACACACCAGUUUUGCUGUCUCUGUCCAGAUACUUAAGAAGAGGAGCAAGCGAUUCACUCGAUCAUCCUUCCUGCUCAGACUGCGGAGAGGGAUUCACUCGAUCAUCCUUCCUGCUCAGACUGCGGAGAGGGAUUCACUCGAUCAUCCUUCCUGCUCAGACUGCGGAGAGGGAUUCACUCGAUCAUCUGACCGACUGGCACGCCUGUAAUUUCAAACAUCUGCUCAGACAGUGGGAAUGGAUUCAGUCGGUCAACUCAACUGAAGGUACAGCAGCAAGUUCACACAGGGACGAGACCACUCACCUGUUCUGUGUGUGAGAAGGGAUUCAGUCAGUCUUCCCACCUGCAGACACACCAGUCAGUUCACCCUGGGCAGAGGCUGGUCAUCUGCUGAAUUUGUGGGGAAGGAUUCACUCGGUCAUCUGACCUAAUGGCUCACCAGCGAGUUCACACUGGAGAGAGGCCGUUCACCUGCUUGGACUGUGGGAAAGGAUUCACUCAGUCAUGCCAUCUGAAGGUACAUCAGCGAAUUCACACUGGGGAGAGGCCGUUCACCUGCUUGGACUGUGGGAAGGGGUUCACUUGGUCAUGCCAUCUGAAGCUACAUCAGAGAGUUCACACUGGGGAGAGGCCAUUUACCUGCUCAGUCUGUGGGAAGAGAUUCACUCAGUCAUCCAGCCUAAUGGCUCACCAGCAAGUUCACACUGGAGAGAGGCCGUUCACCUGCUUGGACUGUGGGAAGGGGUUCACUUGGUCAUGCCAUCUGAAGGUACAUCAGCGAAUUCACACUGGGGAGAGGCCGUUCACCUGCUCAGACUGUGGGAAGGGAUUCACUCAGUCAUCUGAACUGAAGGUACAUCAGCGAGUUCACACUGGAGAGAGGCCGUUCACCUGCUCAGACUGUGGGAAGGGAUUCACUUCGUCAUCUCAACUGAAGGUACAUCAGCGAGUUCACACUGGAGAGAGGCCGUUCACCUGCUCAGACUGUGGGAAGGGAUUCACUCAGUCAUCUGAACUGAAGGUACAUCAGCGAGUUCACUCUGGUGAAAGGCCAUUCACCUGCUCAGACUGUGGGAAAAGAUACACUCAGUCAUUUAAGCUCAAAAUACAUCAGCGAGUUCACACUGGAGAGAAGCCGUUCACCUGCUCAGACUGUGGGAAGGGAUUCACUCAGACAGCCCACCUACGAUCACACAUGUCAGUUCACACUGGGAAGAGGCCGUUUACCUGUUCAUACUGUGGGGAGGGAUUCAUUUUGUCAUCACAGCUGCUGGCACAUCAGCGAGUUCACACUGGGGAGAGACCGUUCACCUGCUCAGACUGUGGGAAGGGAUUCACACAGUCGUACAGCCUACUGGUUCACCAGCGGCUUCACACCGGCGAGCGGCCGUUCACCUGUUCGGACUGUGGGAAGGGAUUCACUUGCUUAGCUAAACUGAAGCUACAUCAGAGAGUUCACACUGGAGAGAGGCCGUUCACCUGCUCAGACUGUGGGAAGGGAUUCAUUUGCUCAUCUGAACUGAAGGUACAUCGGAGAGUUCACACUGGGGAGCGGCCGUUCAUCUGCUCAGAAUGUGGGAAGGGAUUCAUUCAAUCAUCCACUCUGAAAGUACAUCAGCGAGUUCACACCAGAGAGAGGCCAUUCACCUGCUCAGAGUGUGGGAAGGGAUUCACUCAGUUAGGUAACCUACAAGCACACCAGCGAGUUCACACUGGGGAGAGGCCGUUCACCUGUUCAGACUGUGGGAAGGGAUUCACUCAGUCAUCCAGCCUACAAGCACACAGGUCAGUUCAUACUGGGGAGAAGCUGUUCACCUGCUGAAGCCUGAAUUAUACCUCUGCAUAGACGCUAUGCCAUUGUGAGCAUUUCUACUUAUGAUUUUGUGUGUCUGCAUCACUGCCAAAAUGCUAGUUGGUGUUGGGGUUCUGUGCUACUGUGUUGAAUUGACUUGUGUUGAGUUGCGAACAAUGGCGACUGCUGACUACGUCUUGUUGGAGUUGGAGCUAAUCAAUGUUGCAGAAGUGUUACUUUUUUUGAAAUUACUGCAACGCAGAAAAAUGAGAAAUUUCUCCAUUACCUUUUGCAGUCCAUGAUGUCCAAAGCAAUGUUGGAAAUUUCUUUGCACGAUUUUGAUGCCAUUUUCAAGUCUUUAUUGUCUGCCAAUGAAGAGUCGUGCACAUGUACAUAUUUUCUGACUACCUCACCUAACCUCUCCUUGAUGUGGUCCACUGUCCAACUUCGAAGCAAGAGGAAAUGCGCAGGAGGAAACUGGCAGCUGCCAAGUGGACCAAUCAUAGUUCUUGCCAUCUGUGUUACCGCGACGUGUAGCUGCAUUUUUGAGAAGGUGCGCGUUAGGCUACAUUAGGCGAAGGACUCUCAUGGGGGCACUACAUGGAGUAGGUUGCAUUCUGGCUUUGCUCUGUUCAUUUUAAAUUUACUUACCACCCCUUUGACAUCUUUAUCAAAGUGUUUAUAACAACUUUAUCUGUUUGAAUUUGAAUUUGAUUUGACUGAAAUGGCUAACAGAGGAAGAAAGGCAUUAGCCGAAGGCAAGGAAACCGGUGAUGGAAAUGGAAAGAAAGAAGAUGUCUUUGAACAGCCUAAAAAGUUUCAACUUACUUUACAGGCUAUCUCGAAUCUUUUGGAUGAAAAACUUGAUGAAAGAUUUACUACCUUGGAAGUAUGGUUAAAGGAGAGCGAAGGUAGGUUGGCAACACUUGAAAAGAAGAAUGAAAAACAGCAGCGGCAAUUUUCAGAGCUUAUUAAACCGGGAUCAUAAAUUGAAUUCUUUGGAAAAGAAGUGAACUUUGACCACUCAUACAUUGGAGCAGAAUAAAGUCAGGUUUACUGAUUUGGAGAGUCAAAGCCACAGACUGAAUUUGCGAAUAAUAGACUCAGUGAGGACGUUGAGAGCCGGGAUCUUACUCAGUUUUUUUCUCAAUUCUUCAUCUCAUUUUUCAAUCUUUUUUAUUGGUUUCCAAAUAAAGAAUAUACAAAUCGGAAGAGGAGUUUAACAAGUAGAUAAUAUAAAAAAAUAUAUAAACAGCAGUAGUAAAAACAGAAAGUAUAUCAUGUCAAAAUCAAAUGGAUAAAAUGCUUCCUUGGAAUAAUCCCAAAAAUUGCUGUGUGGAUUAGGUUGAACAUCUGCAUCUAUAACUUUAGAUAAUAUUCCAAACACAUCCCUCCAAAAAUUAUUUAAACUUAACUCAUGAACAAAACAUAUGAGUUAGAGUAGCCACUUCUGCAUUACACCUGUCACAAAUAGGGUUUAUAUUAG